ACUAAACAGUAUACCACAAAACCUCAACAUUAAAAAUUAUUAGAUAAUCGUGAUGGCCUUAGCUAAAGAGUUAAUGGGUUAUCCUCUCAUCACAGAAAGGUCAUCACUUGUUUUGUCGGCGUCGCAUUUCAAGAAGAGAACACAGACAACACAGUUCUCGAUCAAGCCUUUUGACCGCAGACCAAGAAAAGCCAAAUCCGGCGUCGUUGCGGCCAUCAGCGAAGAUUUGGCCAAAACGCUGCGUUUUUCCACAACAACCGGAGACAGAAAGAGCGAAGAGGAAGAGAAAGCGGCGGUGAAAUUCAAGGUGAGAGCUGUGGUUACUGUGAGGAACAAGAACAAGGAGGAUUUAAAAGAGACUCUUGUUAAGCAUUUGGAUGCUUUUGCUGAUAAAAUUGGUCGUAACAUCGUCUUGGAGCUUAUUAGCACCCAACUUGAUCCAAAAACGAGGUUGCCAAAGAAGAGUAAUGCAGCGGUUUUAAAGGAUUGGUCAAAGAAAUCGAAAUCGAAGGCGGAGAGAGUUCACUACACGGCGGAGUUCACGGUGGACGCAGCGUUUGGCUCGCCAGGAGCCAUCACCGUUAUGAAUAAACACCAGAAAGAGUUUUUCUUGGAGAGCAUAACCAUUGAAGGCUUCGCACUUGGUCCUGUUCACUUUCCAUGCAAUUCUUGGGUUCAGUCCCAAAAAGAUCACCCUGAAAAACGAAUCUUCUUCACUAAUCAGCCGUAUUUGCCGAAUGAGACACCAGGCGGAUUAAGAGUAUUGAGGGAAAAAGAGUUGAAGAAUCUACGAGGAGAUGGUAGUGGAGUGAGAAAAUUAUCAGACAGAAUUUACGACUUUGAUGUUUACAACGACCUUGGAAAUCCCGACAAGUCUUCUGAACUCUCUCGCCCCAAACUUGGCGGCCAAGAGAUUCCUUACCCUAGACGUUGUCGUACUGGUCGCCAAACAACAGUUUCUGAUAAAGAAGCGGAGAGCCGAGUAGAGAAGCCAUUACCGAUGUACGUGCCACGAGACGAGCAAUUCGAAGAGUCUAAACAAGACACUUUCGCUGCCGGGAGGCUAAAAGCGGUCUUGCACCACCUAAUUCCGUCGCUCAAAGCCAGUAUUGUAGCUGAGGACUUUGCAGACUUCGGCGAGAUCGAUAGUCUCUAUAAAGAGGGCUUGUUACUCAAGUUAGGGUUUCAAGAUGACAUCUUUAAGAAGUUCCCUUUGCCAAAGGUCGUCGUUGAUACCCUCCAAGAAUCUACUAAAGGACUCCUCAAAUACGACACCCCAAAAAUAUUAUCGAAGGACAAAAACGCAUGGCUAAGAGAUGACGAGUUCGCUCGUCAAGCCAUAGCUGGAAUCAAUCCAGUGAACAUUGAGAGAGUCAAGACUUAUCCACCGGUCAGCAAUCUUGACCCCAAGAUCUACGGUCCACAACACUCAGCUCUCACUGACGACCAUAUCAUUGGUCACCUCGACGGAUUCUCCGUACAACAAGCGUUGGAAGAGAAUAGAUUGUAUAUGUUGGAUUACCAUGACAUAUUCUUACCGUUCCUAGACCGGAUCAAUGCGCUAGAUGGACGCAAAGCUUAUGCUACUCGAACCAUUUUCUUCUUGACUCGUCUAGGCACACUGAAGCCUGUAGCCAUUGAGCUAAGCCUCCCUCCCAAUGGCCCGAAACAUCGGUCCAAGCGUGUGCUUACACCUCCAGUCGAUGCAACCUCCAAUUGGAUGUGGCAACUCGCUAAAGCACACGUUAGUUCUAACGAUGCUGGUGUCCAUCAACUUGUCAAUCACUGGUUACGGACUCAUGCAUGCUUGGAGCCAUUUAUAUUAGCUGCGCAUAGGCAGUUGAGCGCUAUGCAUCCGAUAUUCAAGCUACUGGAUCCGCACAUGAGGUACACGUUGGAAAUCAAUGCAUUGGCGAGACAAUCGUUGAUCAGUGCAGAUGGUGUGAUCGAAGGAGGCUUCACUGCCGGCGCAUACGGCAUGGAAAUGAGCGCUGCCGCAUAUAAAAGCAGCUGGCGGUUCGACAUGGAAGGCCUCCCCGCGGAUCUCAUUCGCAGAGGAAUAGCAAUUCCUGAUGCAUCACAACCACAUGGUCUUAAACUCCUAAUCGAAGACUAUCCGUAUGCCAACGACGGUCUUUUACUCUGGUCCGCUAUCCAAACCUGGGUCCGCACCUACGUGGAACGCUACUACCCAAACCCGAGCCUAAUUAAAACAGACUCUGAGCUCCAAAACUGGUACUCCGAAUCAAUCAACGUUGGCCACGCCGACCUCCGCGAUGCUGAUUGGUGGCCGGAGUUAUCAACCGUCGACAACCUUGUGUCCAUCCUCACCACCUUAAUCUGGCUUGCCUCAGCACAACACGCCGCUCUAAACUUCGGACAAUACCCGUACGGCGGCUACGUCCCCAACCGACCACCGUUGAUGCGGAGGUUAAUCCCCGACGAGUUGGAUCCAGAGUAUGCGAGCUUUAUCUCUGAUCCGGAGAAGUAUUACUUCUCGUCGAUGCCAAGUUUGGCGCAGACGUCGAAGUUUAUGGCGGUGGUUGAUACUUUGUCGACGCAUUCUCCGGAUGAGGAGUAUAUUGGGGAGAGACAACAACCAUCAAUUUGGACCGGAGAUGCAGAGAUUGUUGAAGCGUUUUAUGGGUUUGCGGCGGAGAUUGGACGGAUAGAGAAAGAGAUUGAGAAAAGAAACGCUGAUCCUGACCGUAGAAAUAGGUGUGGGGCUGGUGUUUUGCCUUAUGAGUUGUUGGUUCCGAGUUCUGAGCCUGGCGUUACUUCUAGAGUUUUCUGCGAUCUCCGACCCGUAACCGUCGAUCUAGACGACGGAGAAACCACUGUACAUUUCUGGAUCUCAGGCCAUCGUAGAAUCUCCCGUACGAAUCUUGUCAUGCUCCACGGAUACGGAGGAAACUCCAAAUGGCAAUUCGUUCAUCAAGUCUCCGAUCUCUCUAAAUCGUUUAAUCUCUUCAUCCCCGAUUUGGUCUUCUUCGGGAAAUCAUAUUCGAAGAAUCCAGAUCGGAGCAUUGAGAUUCAGGCGAGGAGCAUCGUCGGAGGAUUGAAGAAGUUGGGCUGCGUCGAAGGAGGAGGAGGGGUUUCGGUUUAUUCGAUUAGCUACGGUGGAUUUGUGGCGUAUAAAAUGGCGGAGAUUUGGCCGGAGAUGGUUGAGAAAUUGGUGAUUGUGAGCAGUGGAGUGGGAUUUACACAGCAACAGAAGACGGCGGAGUUGAAAAAACACGGCGGAGAUUGUUCGAAAAUUCUUGUUCCGAAAACUCCGAUGGAUCUACGGUUGCUGAUUAAGAUCUCUAUGAAUACCGGUUUAACGUUCGUCGAUUGGGUUCCAGAUUUUGUCCUCUCCCAAUUCAUCGCUGUAAUGUAUGAGAAAAAUCGGCAGGAGCUUCUUGAGCUAGCUAAGAAUUUGUUGGAAAGAGAAGAGGAACCAGAAUUGCCUGUAAUAUCACAGAAAACAUUAAUCGUUUGGGGAGACAAGGACAAGGUCUUUCCCUUGGAGCAUGCUUAUCGGCUGCAAAGGCAUUUACAGAGUUCAAGAUUAGAGAUAAUAAAGGAAACUGGUCACGCUGUUAACAUUGAAGCACCAACUACUCUUAAUAAUUUAAUUACUUCGUUUGUUUUAAGUGUUUGAUUUCUAUUUUUGUAUAUACUUCCUACUUCUAUCAAAUAUCUAUAUGCAUUAGAUUUAAGUAUGUA